AUGACUGAGUUGGAGAGGCAGAAGGCUGAGAUUGAACAUCUGAAGCAGCAAUCAAAAGUCAAACAAGUGGCUUUCUCAGCAUCUCUGUUGGAGGGUGGCUAUGGAUAUACUGGACCCUUUAAUGUACAGAUUACUUUAGUCUUCAGACGUGUCAUCACAAACAUUGGAAACGCCUACAACCCACAAACAGGUAUCUUCAUUGCUCCAGUGAGAGGAGCCUACCACUUUGAGUGGCACCUACAUGGACAUGCAUACAAAUCUCAUCCCAUAGCUGGUGUGUUGUUCAGGAAUGGAGAGCACAUUUUUCUUGCAUUUGAACUGCAGGCAUCUGGUACUGUGAGCACUUCUUGUGGUACCUCACUGCUUCUAGAACCUGGAGAUCAGGUGUCUUUGCGUCUCUGGGCUCAUGCCAGGAUUUUUGAUGGUGUUAAUCAUGACACCAACUUCAGUGGUCACUUGCUUUUCACCGUGUGA